UUCUACGACUUUGUCCGUCCGUGAUUAGCCACUCCUAUCUCGGCAAGACUUAAUUAGUUUUAAUUCAUGACAAUCUAACGCAAGAAAUGUAGUUUUGUGUAUUAUAUAUUGUUAUUGUGGUGUUGUGACUAUUACGCUAAGGUGCUCAAAGAAGUCACAAUGACGGGACGCUCGGGUCGCGGUGUGUUUGGAAAGCUCUUCUCCAAGAAGCAAACAAAUAGAGAUGAAAGAGUUACUGAGAUUGGUAUGCCCACCAACGUUAAACAACACAUCCACGUGAGUAGAAAUUUAGAAACAGGGAUGUUGGAGGGUUUACCCGCAUCAUGGCUUAGGCAAUUGAAUGCACAAAUCUCACCAGCCGAACAAAGUGAGAAUCCAAAUGCUGCUAUUCAAGCUGUUGCGUUCCAUAAUUUUCAUGUUUUGAAAAAGGAACAAGCAGAAAGGGAGCCAUUCAAGCCUAUAGUGACUGAAGAAGCCAUUACAAAAGAGGGUAUAGAAAUGAAAAAGUUUUUAGCUAAGAAAAAUGCUCACCAAAGUCAAGAUUCAGAUAUUUCAAUAGGUCAAAGUAGUGAGGAAGAUGUUGGUAGUAGUACAGACACAUUAUCAAAACGACAAACUAUGCCUGCCGCACCAACGAAGAAUAGUAUUAAAAAGAAAGAUGCAAUGAUGGAUUUAACAGCUGUAGUUCAAGAUCUUACCCUCAUAGGUACAGAGCCCGAAGAAAGUCCUAUCCUUAGGAAGAAAGAAAUGAUAAAUGCUGCUAUGAGUGAUGAGGAGGUCUAUGAGGAAUUGAAAAGAAUUUGUAAUAAAGAUGAUCCAUAUGUGAGAUUUGAAAGAGUCAAACAGCUUGGUGCUGGAGCCUCAGGUGUGGUGUUCAUCGCGAUUGACAGCAAAGACAAUUCAAGAGUUGCCAUAAAAGACAUCGAUUUGACAAAACAAACUAAAAAAGAUCUCAUUCUAAAUGAAAUUAAUGUGUUAAAAGACUUUAACCACAAAAAUCUGGUCAACUUUCUAGAUGCUUUCCUCAGUUAUGAUCAUUUAUGGGUCGCUAUGGAACUUCUUGAUGGAGGCUCUUUGACUGAUGUUGUAACUGAAGUUGUUAUGAAAGAAGGUCAGAUAGCAGCUGUCUGUCGCGAAACAUUACAGGCCAUUGCCUUUUUGCAUUCCAAGGGCACUAUACAUAGAGAUAUCAAAUCAGACAAUGUCCUUCUUGGAAUGGAUGGUACUGUCAAAGUAACCGAUUUUGGUUUCUGUGCUAAUAUUGUUGGUGAUGAAAAGAGACAGACUAUGGUUGGUACACCAUACUGGAUGGCACCAGAAGUGGUCAAGCGAAAGCAAUAUGGAAAGAAAGUAGAUGUGUGGUCCCUUGGAAUAAUGGCAAUUGAAAUGAUUGAAGGUGAACCACCAUACAUGAAAGAAACGCCUCUAAGAGCUCUUUAUUUCAUAGCAGCAGUGGGGAGACCAAAGAUACCGAGAUGGGAGAAGUUGUCGCCAGCAUUCCAAGACUUUUUGGACAAAUGUUUGCAAGUGGAUGCAGAUGAUAGAGCUACAGCUGAAGAAUUAUUGGAGCAUCCUUUCCUUGAAUGUGCUAUGGAACUUCGAACAUUAACUCCACUCAUAAAGGCUGCACAAAGAAUAUUACACAAGAAUUUUGACUGAAUUAAAUUGACAGGAAAGCUUCCAUUUUAGAUACUAUGAAGUCUUUAUUUUGGCAAUAACGUUUUUACACACGAUUUUGAUAAUUAUUUUAAGCAUUCUGAAAACUUUACAAUCUUAUGAUAAUAGGUCCAUAUCUUGAGUAUUUUUUUACUUUGAUCAAAUAUGAUCAAUGAGUAAUUCGUCCAAAUAUUAUGCAGUGCCAAGUAUAAUAAGUAAUAUUUUUCGUAGUCGUUACUCGUUAGUGUGUAUUGGCUAGAACGUAUUUAUAAAGAUGCGGGAAUUAAAAGUAAUCAGUGUAAUGUGCUUUAAAUGCCACGUCACAUAAUAUUUAUAUUUGAACGUGAGAUAAGGUUAAAUCGUCAUGCAUUGUUUUCCGCUCGACGCAGGCUUAUUCGACAUUACAUAAGGUCUACCGUUUUAACGUUUACAAUGUCGAUCUUUUCAUCAUAAGUUCAAUUACAGGCCUAAAAUAUAAACCAAUGUAUACUAGACCUCUGUAAAUAGAAAUAUUAUUAAUAUUAAGGCAUUGUGUUCAAUGUUCGUAAAUUCGCUAGGGUAUUGUGACUGUACGCACUAAGCGUUAUAUCUCUUGUCUUAUCAAUGCUAUAGACUUGAUAUCGUAUCUAUCUAAAAAUAAUAUGAUAAAAAAUCUUAGGCUAGUGGUGUAAUGUGUAAAUUUUUACAAAUACCUAGGUUUUGGAUGCUUGUCUGUUACUUAAUAAUUAUUAUUCUGUCCAAAAUGGAUUUAACGAAUUUUACGUUUAUAAUUGAGUAUUUUUAUUGGCGUUAGGUUUAUUUGAAAAGUUAAUUAGGUUUUGGUCAUCUUAAAUGAAUUACAUUUCUGUUAAAAAUAAGACUAUUGUACGUAAGAGCCUAAAAAAUUUAGAUUGCGUUCUUAUUCUUUUCUGAACACUAUACACAGUGCAGCAAACCCCACACCAAAGCUAUUCUUAACCAAUUCGUUCCCUUUAACAGGAUAAUUGGGUUUGAAUUGUAUUCUGUGACAAGUGUAAAAUGACGUAGGACGUAGGAACGCUAUUCGACGAUGUAUUGCAUUUGCAUAGUCAUGGUCGUGUUGAAAUUCGAUUAUGUAACGUAGGAUUGUUUAUUAAAAUUCAAUUAAAAAUAAUUAAUUGCUGGUUGAGAUAAAAUUAAUUUAAUACAUAUUUAUAAGACAAUUUCCGUGUGGAUGCCGUUAAUAAAUUUUCCCUCAUUACGAUCUGGAAUAAAAUAGGAGUAUUUGACGAAAAAACCAGCAUAACAUUUUGUCGCUCGAGCGAGUAGGCACUCUAGUCGGGCAAUUACCGGAUUUUGGUAUUGUUAUUCUGGAGCGCGUAUAUUUAAUAAAAGUUAAAACGAUCUAAGGUGUUCCUCGCUUUUGGACAUUGAACAACAUAUGGGCUGAUGAGCGUGAUAAAUGUUAAACUAAAACUAAUUAUAUUAUUUUAUUCACAAUCGUAAAUGAGCGAAGAUUGUGCGAUUAAUAUCUGUAUUCUUGGAUUGUUAGAUACAAACCAUUAAAAUUCUCAUCACAACUGUAAUAGUAUAAACAUUUAAUAUUAAAAUACUCGUAUAAGUCUCUGGUGAAUAGGACAUAAUAAAUAUAAAUAGUGACUCUAUACCAAAAACAUACCUACAUAAGAAUUUUAAAUAUCUUAUGAAUACAAAUAAAUAAGUGAAAAUUGUAACUUCUUCACAAUUUAAUAUUAUUAGCCUCAUAAAUUUAAAUGUGUCACCCUUAUAUCUGAAAGAAAGUAAAAUAUUUUUUGAACAUGUUUCUCUGACAUUCCUUAUUUUUGCAUCAUAAACUGACCAAAUAUUUUUAUACUUGACUUUGUAGUGCUUCUAGAUUUAAGGCUUAAUGUUUAACUGAGACUGUUCCAUUUACACAUUUUUUCUAUGCUCAUUAUAAUUCCCUGACUGGCCAUAUUAAUAUUUAUAUUUUUUGAAACUUAUGAAUGAAACCACACUAUUUUCUUAUUUUAUAGAAAUUUAUUGUGCGUCAUAUUGUAAUAAUUUUAUUACUUACAAAUGAUAUAUUGUAUUCUGCACAAGUAUUAAGUAAUUGUGAACAUAAUAUGCAAAUACAUAUUAUGUAAUUUAAGCGCAAUAACCAAUUACAUAAUUUAGGAGUAUUUUUUGUUAUGUACAAAACAUAGAUUGUGAUUUGUUAAGCAUUAUCUUUUGCAGUAAAUAUUAAUUCACUACAAAUGUUACUUACUAAAACAUUUUUACUAGUCUACACGCACGUUUAUGUAUAGUAUGAAUAUGAAUUAUCCAUAUAGUUAAUAGUACUGUGUUGAGAAAUAAGUAGUACAAAGAUUUUAGUGGGAACUUUAAAUUUUUGGCUCUGCUGUUCCUGAAUCUAAGUGAGAAGCUUGGGCUUAUUUCUGAACACACCAUAUUAUUAUUAUGCUAUAAAUUUGUGGCCAUUUAUUUUGUAUUGUAUUCAUACCAUAAUUAUGUAGUACAUAUUUGUUAAGUAGAACUGUAUAAUCACGAGAAUAGAAUAGUGAAUUUACAUCAGCAUUCAGCAGGCAAUUUGAUUAUGAUUACAUACUGUGAAAGUAUCUAUAUUUUUUUUUGUAUUAUGACUACAGAGAUGGACCGCGGUCCGAGGAGGACCUCUGAAUAUUCCAUACAAGAAAUAAUCAAAAUUUGAAUAGUUUUUAAGUAACUCGUUUGGAUAAAUAUUACCAAGAGUGCCUGCUUGUAUGUAGUAUUAUAAUAUCGAUUGAAGUGAAUAAAAAAAUAAGAAAUUUUCAAAUAAGUUAGAAACAACACUAGGGCAAACCGGUUUUUUUUGGUAUUUACGCUUAAACGCCCUGCCGAAGUAUUAAGCUUUCACUCAUAUUUAGAGUUGUAUGUAAAAAUUGCUAAUUUCUUUGGAUUUAUUCAUUUCAUUUUAUAAGCAUUUUGCUAUCGCACAACGAAUUGCAUUAAUGUAUUAAGGCUAUACUAUACAGCAUAGUGAUAAGUUUGUAUACACCAAUGACACUUUUUGAACAUUUUAUUAAUAGAGUUGCCUAUUAAAUUAUUUUUUUAAAUAA